AUGAAUCGUUGGUGUAAUGGGUCGACAGUUGAAUACUGUUUUCAUGAAAGAGCGCUAACUCACGAUGCUCAUAUGUACAAGGAUAAUCGAAGUAUCUAUGGAUACACUGAAUUGAAGGAAUCAAAACCGACUAUUUUGGACUCUAUUAAAGAUCACGAUUUAUGUGCAAUCGAGGCUCUGAAAACACUUAAUUUUAGGGCUUUUGAUCUUCAGAUAUGUCUUGCUAAAACGCCUCUCCCAGAAUUCCAUCUUUGGGGCAUAUUUUUGAAAUUGGUGCAAACGUUUUUUGAAGAAGAGGAGUAUCGAUGUCGAAAAUUGCCCGAUGAGCAAUUUGCGAAGGCUUAUCAGGAAAUAGGCCAACUUCAGAUUCAUGGUCUAUCUUGGUCUUUACCAGAAUUAACAAAAGAACGCAGUUCAAUUUCCUUUGCAUCGAUAUCACUUCGAAGGUUCUUUAAAAAGUGUUGGGAAGAUCCUUUAAAGCCUAACAGUGAAAACGAUGCAUCCUGCCCUUAA